AUGGAAAUCCGUCUUCUUCUCCCCCACCUCAUUCUCUGCCUGUCGGCGACGGCCGGGGGGCGGGAAUUCCUGAGCUUGGGGUCCGGGGACUCGCUCUCCCCGGAGGAAGUGGAAGACGUCCCGGUCUCCCCCAAGAGGACCUUCUCAGGCGGAUUCCACGAGGUGGGCACCAACGCCUACUGCUUCUCCGUCUGGUUCACCUCCUCCGUAGACAAAACCGUCGUUUGGAUGGCCAACAGAGAUAGCCCUGUGAACGGGAGGCUGUCGACCGUACGCCUGGAGAAGAGAGGUAACCUGGUGUUGAAGGACGCAGACGGGAGCCGCGUCUGGGAGACCGCCGCAUCGUUGCCGGCGGCGACCAGCGUGGAGCUCAGUGAGACGGGUAAUCUGGUGCUGCUGAAUCAGACAAGGGGUGUCAUCUGGGAGAGCUUCGCCUCCCCAACGGACACGCUCCUUCCCCUCCAGCCGCUGACAAAGGGCAACAAGCUCGUUUCCAGAAGCGGACCUGGAAGCUAUUCCUCCGGCUACUAUAGCCUCCGUUUCAGCGACGACAACGUACUAAAGAUGGUGUACGACGCGCCUAAGGUCACCAGCGUGUAUUGGCCGAAACCAGACAAGGACUCUAAAGGCUCCUGGUCUCCGAGGUCCAAGAGAGGGCCUCGCUGGACCAGGUCCUCUUCCCCAGAGAAGGCGGAGCCUCCGCCGCCGUGGCGACGCCGCCGCUGGAGUGGGAAAAGAGGUUCAAAAUCGCGUUGGGGACUGCCAAAGGGCUGGCCUACCUCCACCACGAGUGCCUUGAGUGGAUCGUCCACUGCGACGUCAAGCCGGAGAACAUCCUCGUGGACGGGGACUUCGGGCCAAAGAUCGCCGACUUCGGGCUGGCCAAGCUUCUGCAGAGGGGCACCUCUGACGGCCAUCUCACUCCAAUCCGGGGGACCAAGGGUUACAUGGCACCGGAAUGGGUCCUCAACCUCCCCGUCACCUCCAAAGUCGACGUCUACAGCUACGGCGUGGUGUUGCUGGAGAUCGUCAUGGGGAGGAUCUCGGACGUACCGGCUGGGGAGGAAGAAGACGUGA